UCAAUUAUUGUAAUGUCUUCAGCAACAAAAAGUCAAAAUAUUUUGCAGUUGAUAAGGAAUCGAGAAUUGAACGAUCACAUCCGCACAAAGUAUGCAUUAAAAAGUAACAUGGAUUACAAAUGUAUUUCAAAACUUGGAUUACUCGCUCAGCUUAAAAGACACGGAGAAACUGUUAAUUGCCUACAAUGGAAUGAAAGUGGAAGCAUCUUAGCAUCAUCUGAUGAUGACCAUCAAGUAAUAUUAUGGGAUCCAUUUUUACAAAAAGUUAAAACUACUCUUACAACAUUACAUCAUGACAGCAUAUAUUCUGUUAAAUUUAUACCUGGUUGUAAUGAUAAUAUAGUUGUAACUGGAUCUGGUGAUUGGAGUUCACAUACAUAUAAUGUAACAACGGGUCAAAAAUUAAGCAGUUGCAUUUGUUCUCAAGGAAUAAUCAACCGUCUAGCUGUAGCAAAUGAUUCGCCUGGUCUUUAUUGGUGUGCUUCAGAAGAUGGAUGCAUUAGCCAACAUGAUAUGAGAAUGAGCCAUGAAUGUGCUACCGAAAAAUCUAAAACUACUUUGGUGACGAUAUAUGGUAAUUUAGGAGAAAAGAUUGAAGCUAAAUGCUUAGAUAUUAACCAACUUAGAACUGAGCAGCUUGCAGUUGGUGCUAAUGACCAAUAUGUGAGAUUGUAUGACCGCAGAAUGAUUCAAUCGCUGUCAUCAUUUAAUAUGAACUAUCAUUCAAAAUAUGAUAGCAACGUUGUUAACAAUACACUCCAAUAUUUUGUACCAGGUCACAUGCAUUCAAAUGACAAUGAAACAAAAAAAUAUAUAAUUACUUAUUUGACUUUUAAUCCUGAUGGAAAAGAGUUGUUGGCUAAUUAUGGUUGUGAAUGUGUUUACUUAUAUAACUUAGUGAAUCGAGCAGAUAAUGCAUUUUUCAACAUCCCUAAAGUUACGAAAGUUCCUCGAGAAAACAUUGAGGGUUCUUCUACAGAUUUAAUAGAUAGUCAUGUUCCUGUUCCUUAUUUGAUACUACCUAAUAAUGUAUUACAGUUAAAAUUAAAGGCAAAUUAUUUAUUUGAAAAAGAAGACUAUACUGCUGCUAUUCUACUUUAUAAUGAAGCUCUAAAUAUUCAUGAAUGUGGUGAACUGUUUUCGAAUAGAGCUGCAGCCUAUAUUAAAAGAAAGUGGCAUGGAGACUUGUACGCAGCUCUGAAAGAUUGCGUGACUGCAUUAAAAUUGGAGCCUUAUCAUAUGGAAGCACAUUUUCAGUUGGCAGUAAGCCUGUUUCAACUGGACAAGUUAAAAGAUUCUAAAAUGUAUUUAGAUCAGUUCACAAUGAUCUACCCAUCAUACAAAACUAGUGCUGCAUACAAAUGUCUUUAUAGUGAUUUAUUAAAUGCACUAUCUAAUAAUAAAGAUAAAUUUGAUGGAAAAAAAUUGAUUGAAUCGUUGGAUUCUAAGUCCAAUGUUCUAGAUGUGUUACAUAUUGAACAAGCUCAAAAGACAACUUUUGAGAAAUACUUUCGUAAUCAGGCAAAAGAUUAUCAUCGAAGAUAUAAUGGGCAUAUCAAUUUUUUUACUGACAGCAAAGAAGCGAAUUAUUUUGGAAGUCGAAAUCAAUUCAUUGUAGCUGGUUCAGAUGAAGGUUUAUUUUUUGUAUGGGAUAAAAAUACAGAAAAAAAUUUGCUCAUACUGAAAGGAGAUAAUUGCAUCGUAAAUUGCAUACAACCACACCCUUCCGAUUUUUUGUUGGCAACUAGUGGUUUGGAUAUGGAAGUCAAAUUAUGGAGUCCAUUAGCAGAUGAAAAAUAUGAUGUGGAUAAUACAAUCACUAUAAUAAAUGACAAUAGCCAAAGGAGAUUUAUGCAAGAUGGACCUGACACUAUUGACAUGGCUACUUGAUGUGAUCAAUAUGGAAUGGC